AUGGCUUCAAAAUCAUCGAAUUUGCAUACCCUUUUUCUCUUUCUCAUUCUCUUCAUUUCUCCAUCUCUGUCCAGCUGGUUACCCUCUUCAUCAUCAUCCUCGUUCUCUCAUUCUUCAUCCUUCUCUUACUCUGACUCAUCGGAAUCCAUUUGCAACAAGUUCACGCCAUAUCCAGACCUCUGUAAAUCAACUUUAAACCAUAAAACAGGCACCAUUUUUGAUUUUGGUCGCAUUUUCAUGCACCAGUCUUUGUCACAAUCUAAAAAGGUUCUUUCUUUUGUUGAAUACUUUCUCAAUCUCCCGUCAACUUCCUACUCAACCAACCGUCGUGCCCUCGAAGAUUGCCGCCUUUUAGCUUCACUUAACAUCGAUUUCUUGACGUAUACUUCUCAAUUUAUUGAUUCCUCAGACAUUCUUGACGGUCUGCAAGCUGAGGAUUCUCAGACUUUGUUAAGUGCCACUUUGACAAACCAUCAAAGUUGUUUAGAAAGUCUUCAUGAAAUAGCUUCAGCUUCAACAGUGAAGAACGCUCUUCUGCCAUCUCUUGUUGAUGGAGCAAAAUUUUACAGUAUUUCUCUGGCGCUCUUCAGCCAUGGUUGGGUUCAUAGCUCAAUAUUGAAAGGCAGAUGGUUAGCUGAAAGAAAGCACAUUUUCAAGAAUGAUAUGAAAGAUGGAUUGCCUUUGAGAAUGUCAGUGAGGGAUCAAGAAAUUUACGAGUCUGUAAGUGGAAGAAAGCUGUCUCAAAGUGACGAGAACCGUGUUGUUGUGAACAAAACUGUGGUUGUGAGUAAAUAUGGAUAUGGAGAUUUUGUGACCAUUAAUGACGCAGUGGCUGCAGCUCCGAAUAAUACUAAGAGGAGUUAUGGAUACUAUUUGAUUUACGUGGUUGCUGGGGUUUACGAAGAGUGUGUCUCCAUUGCCAAGAACAAGAAGUACGUGAUGAUGAUUGGAGAUGGCAUCAACCAAACUGUGAUUACUGGCAAUAAAAGUGUCAUUGAUGGGUGGACUACCUUCAACUCUGCAACAUUUGCUGUCGUUGGGCAAGGCUUUGUUGCAGUGAACAUAACAUUUAAGAACACAGCCGGGGCAAUCAAGCACCAGGCAGUCGCCGUCCGAAAUGGGGCAGACAUGUCGACAUUCUACAGCUGCAGUUUUGAAGGCUACCAAGACACCUUAUACACAAAUUCCCUCAGGCAAUUCUACAGAGACUGCGAUAUAUAUGGCACAGUUGAUUUCAUUUUCGGUAAUGCAGCUGUCGUCUUCCAGAACUGCAACCUAUAUCCGCGACGCCCGUUGGAAAAUCAAUUCAAUGCCAUUACUGCACAGGGUAGAACCGAUCCGAACCAAAACACAGGCAUUUCAAUCCAUAAUUGUACCAUAAUGCCGGCCGGUGACUUAGUAUCCGGUAAUUAUUCAGUAAAAACUUACUUGGGAAGGCCCUGGAAGCAGUAUUCAAGAACUGUUUAUAUGCAGUCGUUUAUCGGCAGCCUGAUUCACCCUGUUGGGUGGAAAGAAUGGUCAGGAGAUUAUGCAUUAAACACUUCAUAUUAUGCAGAAUACAACAACACAGGCCCUGGAUCAAACACAACAGGAAGAGUUACAUGGGCAGGUUACCAUGUGAUAAAUAAAACAGAAACUGCAAGGAACUUCACUGUGUCAAAAUUCAUCCAUGGAAAGUCUUGGUUGCCUGCAACAGUGCCUUUCGAGGCUGGUUUAUUGCAUAAUGAAUGGCAUUAUUGA